AUGGCCUAUCUAAUCCUCUACGUAGACGACAUAAUUGUCACUGCCUCCACCGAUGCACUCCGCAACACUAUCAUUGACGUCCUGAAAUCGGAAUUUCCAAUGAAAGACUUUGGCAUCAUCAAUUCUUUCCUCGGUAUCUCGGCCAAAUACAACGACAAGGGCUUGUUCCUCAAUCAAUCGCGCUACGCUGAAGACAUCAUCACCAGAGCUGGAAUGUCAGAAUGUAAGCCUUGCGCAACUCCGGUUGAUCUCAAAUCCAAACUCGCUGAGGAAGCAGUUCAACAGCUCUGUCUUUUCAUGCAUGACCCACGAGAGAGCCACCUUCAAGCCCUCAAACGAGUCAUCAGAUACCUCAAAGGCACGACACAUAUGGGUCUGCAACUGUUGAAGAAACAAAACCUGCGUCUCACGGCCUAUACCGACGCAGACUGGGCCGGCUGUCCAUCAACGAGACGUUCGACCUCUGGCUUCUGUCUCUACCUUGGCGACAACCUCAUCUCCUGGUCAGCAAAACGCCAACCUACUGUCUCACGCUCGAGUGCAGAAGCGGAGUACAAAGGCAUCGCAAAUGCCGUCUCAGAAUCAUGCUGGCUACGGAAUUUGUUACUCGUAAUGGGAAGACCUCUCAAGCACUCAACCGUGGUUUUUUGUGACAAUGUCAGUGCCGUGUAUCUAUCAACAAACCCUGUCCAACAUCAACGAACAAAACACAUUGAGAUAGAUAUUCACUUUGUCAGAGAAAAGGUCCUCCUCGGAGAAGUUCGAGUACAUCAUAUACCUUCCAGUCUUCAGUAUGCAGACAUAUUCACCAAAGGACUACCAUCCUCGCUCUUCAACAACUUUAGAUCCAGUCUUGGUGUGACAGAGCCCACGAUGCAACUGCGGGAGGGUAUUAGAGGAUAG